GGCGGCGGCAGCGGCGGCGGCGGUGGUGGUGGCCGGAAGGAAACAAGCGGGACUCUAGCCUAGCCGUGGCGGUGCUCGUGAGAGACAUCCCCCCUUCCCUCGGCCAUCGCUUCCACCUCCUGCAGCAGCGGCCGCCUCCGCCCGGAGGGCUCGGGUGUCUUUUAUGAAUAAUCAAAAGCAGCAAAAGCCAACGCUAUCAGGCCAGCGUUUUAAAACUAGGAAAAGAGAUGAAAAAGAGAGGUUUGACCCCACUCAGUUUCAGGACUGUAUUAUUCAAGGUUUAAAUGAAACUGGCAGUGAUUUGGAAGCAGUAGCAAAAUUCCUUGAUGCUUCUGGAGCAAAACUUGAUUAUCGCCGCUAUGCAGAGACACUCUUUGACAUUCUGGUGGCUGGUGGAAUGCUGGCCCCAGGUGGUACCCUGGCAGAUGACAUGAUGCACACAGAUGUCUGUGUAUUUGCUGCACAAGAAGACCUAGAAACAAUGCAAGCAUUUGCCUCGGUCUUUAACAAGCUGAUCAGGCGAUACAAAUACCUGGAAAAAGGCUUUGAGGAUGAAGUUAAAAAGUUGCUGCUCUUCUUGAAAGGUUUUUCAGAGUCUGAGCGGAACAAGCUGGCCAUGCUGACGGGUAUUCUUCUGGCCAAUGGGAACCUUAAUGCAUCAAUUCUCAACAGCCUGUAUAAUGAGAAUCUUGUUAAAGAAGGUGUUUCAGCAGCCUUUGCAGUAAAAUUGUUCAAAUCAUGGAUAAAUGAAAAAGAUAUCAAUGCAGUUGCUGCUAGCCUUCGCAAAGUCAAUAUGGAUAAUAGGCUGAUGGAGCUCUUUCCAGCCAACAAGCAAAGCCUUGAACACUUUACAAAAUACUUCACUGAUGCAGGAUUGAAGGAACUUUCUGAAUAUGUUCGGAACCAGCAGUGCAUAGGAGCUCGUAAAGAAUUACAGAAAGAACUUCAAGAGCUGAUGUCACGAGGAGAUACCUUUAAGGAUAUCAUACCAUACGUCAAGGAAGAAAUGAAGAAGAACAACAUAUCAGAGCAGACUGUAAUUGGCAUCAUCUGGUCUAGUGUAAUGAGCACUGUGGAAUGGAACAAAAAAGAGGAGCUCGUCGCAGAACAAGCCAUCAAGCACUUGAAGCAAUACAGCCCUCUUCUUGCUGCCUUUACAACCCAAGGUCAGUCUGAACUGACUCUGUUGCUAAAGAUUCAAGAGUACUGUUACGACAACAUCCAUUUCAUGAAGGCCUUCCCGAAAAUAGUGGUGCUCUUCUACAAAGCUGAGGUACUCAGUGAAGAACCCAUCCUGAAAUGGUAUAAAGAUGCACACCUUGCCAAAGGAAAGAGUGUCUUUCUGGAACAAAUGAAAAAGUUCGUAGAAUGGCUCAAAAAUGCAGAGGAAGAAUCGGAGUCUGAAACUGAAGAAGGUGACUAAAUUGUCAAAAUGUCAACAGUAAAGCAAACAGGAGCUGUAGAUAAAAAGUGUCAUGUUUUGUGUCCUUCUGAUUCUUACAUCCUACCUCCCUUUAUCAAGCAUGAUAUAAGGGCUCUCAUAACAAAUUUGUUUGCAUUUUCUAGGGUCCUUAGAAAACAUUGAAAUUAGGUUUUUAAAACCAUGUGUUAGUAGCUUACAGGAGCUCUAGAUUUGAUCCUAACAUUGCAUUAAUCCUUUCAGUUACAUUCUACCUCCUGUAUUUUCUACUGUAAUAUAAUUUAAGGCCUUCCCACAACUUAAAUUCAUUUUAUCCCUGGGUUUUCUAUAAAGGUUUGCAGUAGACAUGGGAAAUGAAAUUUGUUAUAAAACUCUGUUUGCAGAUUAAACUGUACAAGUAUCCAAAAUCUACAAACCAGAUUUGUUUUUGUUUGAAAGAGAACUAGACUAAGAAUGGAUUCUCCUACACCACUUGUCGUCUUUCCUCUCAGCUUCUUGGUUUUGAUACUCUUGCAUUUUUUAGACUGUGUCUCUUCACGGAUUAAGAGUUUUUUUCCUCCAUGGAGUAACAACAUUCCUUGCUUUAAUAAAAACACAAUGUGAGAUUAAAUCUUGCAAUUGAAUACUAUGCAGAAAUGAUCUGCAGUGACCAGCUAAGAAUGCUAUGGCAAGGAGAAAAAAAAGGUUUUCUGACUUUUCUAGCUAAAAAAUUAAAUUGAUAUACUUCCUAACACAGCCCAUAGUAUGCAAAUUGUACAAUGGUUUAAAUUGAAUCUUUAAAAAAUUCUAAACAGGUUAUUUUGAGGUUGAAAAUGUUUGAUUCAGAGCAUUUUCCUUGCUGCUAAAUUUAGCUAGUUUGUAUUUUAGGCUCAGAUCAACAUUUAGAAUUUCUUUUCUUUAUAUCCCAAUUAACAAACUGAAACUUUGCCCUCCUAGUAACUUUUUUGCUGUGGAACAGCUAUCCUUGUUACAAGUGGAAGUGGCACAAGCUUAAGAGGGAGGGGGGUAUAUAGGUGGGGAGCACUUGCCUAUACAACGUCAACUUCUCUGCUGGCUUCUCCAUUGACUUUGCCUGUGAGAAGCUUUCGAGGAUGCUACAAAUUACAAUUGUGUGACUGCUGCAAUAAUUGUGAGUGCAAGCAAGGUGCCAGAUCACAAUCACCUAACCGUGCAAGUUGCUGUUGUUCAGUGCUGUUGAAGCUGGUUACUGAACAAGUGGUCAUUGAGGAUACCUUCACAGAACGAAGUGGCAGCAAAAAGUUUUGUUUGGCAUUAAAUUACCAAGCUCUAGGCAACCCUUAUCAUGGGAUAUCAGUAAUGUGUGUUAACAAUGGGAAAAUGGUGUGAUCAAAAUUGGUUUCUCUUUAGAUUGAAGUUGUUUUUAACCUUGCCAGGCAAUCAAAACCUACAUAUGCAUUUGUCAUUUUGCCAUUGUUAACCCUCGUGAUAUUCCUUCUAGUAUGUAUAAAUAUAUGAAUGCAUAUUUGGGUAACAGUUUUUCCCUGGAGUUUUAUGGUUGCAUAGAAGAGGUGGGUUUCUACCUGUUCGCACCGUUUUGGGCGCGAACCAAAGUACGCAAAGCAAAUCGGUACCAACACAGGUAGGAACCCACCCCUGUUGCAUAGCCAUGUUUAAUAUGUAGUAUAAAAUCUGAAAGGGAGUUUCUAUAUAUUUGGAGUGGAAGAUGGUUAAUGAAACCUGUUAAGGAAAUAUUGUUUUCCUUAGAAAUUACUAAAUCAGAUCAAUUAAUGUUUUGCAAGAUAAAAAUAUACUUUGUUCCGAAGAUGAAAUUUGAUAUAUUUCCUAAAGCAGAUUCCCACUUUUGAACAUAAAUUUCUUUCAUUUCAUAUAUUUAGUUUUACCAUCCUGCAGCUUUAUUCCAUUUUACUAGCAUAGGAAAUAAUCUUUUGACUUCAUUGCAACUAGUUACCACUUUUAAGAGUCCAGCUAUAUUUAUGACUGUAUACAAAAUAGGGCCACGCACAAAACUGAAGAUGUCAGCCAUUCCAUUGGGCAUUAAAUUCGGAACAGCUGAAAAAUGCUAUUGAUACAGGUUGUUUUUAAAUUAUUUCACUAUGAAGAAAACUGCACUCUUAAUAAAAAUAUUUCUUUCAACUCC